AUGGGUCGCAGAAAGAUCGAGAUUAAAGCUAUCAAGGAUGAUAGGAACCGCUCGGUUACCUUCCUGAAGCGCAAGGGCGGUCUUUUCAAGAAGGCACAUGAGCUCUCGGUGCUUUGCUCUGUUGAUGUUGCCGUCUUCAUCUUUGGUCAGAACAAGAAGCUGUAUGAGUACUCGUCUGGCGACAUGCGAGAGCUCAUCACCAGAUAUACCUACCAUGGCGGGCCAAAUGAGCACAAGGGGCCCUCAGACUUCAACGGUGGCGCAGAUGACGACGAGGACGACGAGGGCGAUGCCACGCCUCCUCAUGGAGAGCGCAUGGGCACUCCGAUGAUGCCUCAGCACUUCCAAGGACAACCACCCUUUCCGCACAUCAGGCAUCAUACUCCAUCAGCAUCUCCGCCCAUACCUAACGGCGUGGCCUUCGCUCAGCAUGCUGCUCAGGGUAUCCAGAGGGUCCAUACCCCGCAGCCGCAAAUGGGCUCGCGGCCCGGCUCGCGCAACGACAUGCGACGAAUGCCUCCUCAUAUGGUCCCUCAACAGGUAGGCCCUCACGGGCCUCCCCAAGGCCCUCAAGUCAAUGGCUAUGCAUACAUUCCUCAGCCGGCCAUCUACAAUCCUCAGAACCCGAACAUGCCUCAGCCCGGCCACCAGUAUCCUUAUCCUCCUCCGCCACCUCACUUGCAGCAAUAUAUGGAGAACCACCAUAGGCAAUCCUCAGUUCCUCCCAACUUCCCUCCACAACCUCAGCAGCAACAUCAACAACCCCCACCACCCGUCAGGCACUCGCUUUCACCACCACAGCAGAACCACAGCAUUCCAGCGCAAGCUGUGCCGCAACCGUCACCUCAACCUCCGCACUCGGAAAUUCACAGCCCGCCGCCGCCACCGCCUCCUCAGACACAACCUCAGAGUCAAGAAGCCCUGCCAGCGCCUGUGCAACCCAAGACUGAAGCCCACGACAGGCUUAUGCCACAGGCGCCUCUGCUAGACACGGCCUCAGCCAUCAAGAAGAUGCCUCAGCGAAAACAACACAGCAUCUUUACGCCGAUAGACGAGAACCGUUCUGUCCUGUCCCAACAUCUGGCAGCUUUUGCGGAGAACAAUGGCAAACUUGACCCCAAUGGCAACCGGUCACAGUCAAUGGACGCGCCGACAGCUUUGCGAAUCACCGCCUCUCCACCACAACCGCCUAAAAGAGCGGAGACGGGCCCUGCUCCACCCAAGCGUCAAGUGUCCGUAUCCUCCAUACCCGAGGCAGGCUUCACUCCACCUUCGCGGACCAACAGUCUGCGUACUAGCGGCGCGACGCGGCCCCGUCUCAAGGUGCAAAUUCCAGACGAGCCGUCCGAUGCUGGCAGCAACACUGCAGAGUCCAGCUCUGCUGGUCCUGGACACUCGACCGACGCUACGUCACAGACGACACGACCCGGAGACUCACACUCGUCUGGCAUCGUGCUCCCACCACCCUCACCAUCUGCGACCACCACAUUGCUCUCGGCCGGUGCGACUGGGCCACCAAACCCGUUCGCACGACCUCCCAACCCUAACAACCAAAAUCACAUGAACAUCGAUACCCCUGCAUCAGCACUUCCCUCUCGUUACAUGACCAAUGAGUUCUUGCCCAGUCCAAGCCAGUUCUUCCCCGACCUGUACGCAAGAGGUCAUGACAGCAACACACUCCCUAGUCCACUCAACUUUGCGACUCCUGUCGCUGGUUCAGGUCCCAGCUUCUUGAGAGAGGAGCUUUCCACAACUGGCAAGAGGAAGAGCCCAGAGAUCAGCAGCAAUGGUCCAUCUUCAGACCCCAUCGAGCCCAGCAAUGAGCCCAAACGACUCAAGGUCGGCAAUUAA